AGCAUCAGUUUUUACCCCCUUCCAAUCGUGCUCUCCGAUCAGCUCUGUAGUCGGAAGAACAGUCAGUCAAGGAGCAGAGGCAUGGGGAGGAAGCUCGAUGCUGUACUUGGAUGGAAUUUCAAGACAGCCAAGUUCAACAAGCUCGUCACCCUCACUCUCUCUCGUCUCGUCGUUCUCAAGAGCCAACGACAGAUCCGCUGCUCCCAGGCUCGCUUCGAUGUGGUUCAGCUCCUCGAACUUGGCCAACACAAUCGCGCUCUCCUUCGUGUGGGAUUUUGAUUCUUUUGAAGUCCUGCCUCGAAUCUUGGAUUAUAUAUGCAGAUUCUGAAAAUGCCCAAAGCUGAAAAUUGCAUUUUUAUGACUGUGUGCGUUUGACUCGAUCGGUUGAUCGAUUGAACCGAUUGAACCAGUCAAACCAGUAACCGGUGAGCAAAUCGGUUCUCUUGUCGGUUCGGUUUCAAAACAUUGAUAAAAUUAUAAAAAUUACUAAAUUUA